UCUCCAUUAUCACUUCCCUUUCAAGUCCUUUUUUUUUUUCCUUUUCCUAAUCAUCAACCACUGCAGAUUCCUUUCCUUUUAUUUGUUUAUUUUUUCCUUCUUUGAAAAUCUUAGACAAAAGGGUCAGGGUGAUAUUGAGUUCAUUGUUGUCAUGAUGUUGAAGGGUUGUCUUGCUUUUGGUUCAGGGGAAUUCAGUUUUUUUCAGAUUCCUGUUCAUGCAUGAUCAUCAUCAUCUUGUUAUUUUCUUGUUGGCCCUCUUUUGGUAUCUGGGGUUUCGAAGAAAAUUCUGAAUCUUUUUGUUAUCUGACACCAACACCAAUUUGGAUUUAAAAGACUGUAUCUUUCCUGGAACCACUCUGUUAUUCAGGUUUCAAAGAUUUUUUGAUGUGUAGUGAAAAGCAAGCUUCUGAUCAAAUGAUUUCCAGAGAUGGGGAUUAGAAAGCUGUGGUUAUUUAAGUUUCAGAGUGAUAGAUAUUUGGGGUAUGUGCUUAUACAAUUGUAACUGAACUGGGCUGGUUGCGAUUUUGUCAGCAAGAAUGUUGGUUAAAAGAGUGGUUUGAUUGUUUGGUGAGGGGAAUCUUAGAUGGACAUGCCCUCUAGUUGCAAGUAUCCAAUGUUCUUCGGCAGAAACUUGAAUUCUAUAACAUGUAAAGGUCUUGCUUUGAUUGUGAUUGCUCUGUUUCUUAGAGUUGUGCUGCUUCCUUCAUUCUCUGGCUAUGGUGGGGUAGAUAAAAACAAUCUUGAUUUGAUUCAUAGCCGAUCUUUGUCCCUGGAUUCUGAUAAUGGAAUUCGUAAAGAAAAAUUCUUAGAAGUUCCUCAGAUAGUAUGGGGACUAAACAAUCAAAAGAUAGCAUUUGCGAGAGCUUGUCUAACUGCUAGAAUGCUGAACCGGACUCUGCUAAUGCCUAGUUUAAGUGCUUCCCUGUUCUAUAAGGAAAUAGAUCGCCUCCAGCCUAUUUCCUUCGACAAGGUGUUUCAAUUUGAGAGGUUUAAUGCCCUCUGUAAUGGAUUUGUGCAGUUGGGCCGUUAUUCAGAUCUUCGGAAUCGGACUGGAGUGUAUGAGCUUCAGAAGGGAAGUGGGAGGAAGUGGACAAUUGAGAGGGAUUUGGAUCAAUUGAAAGAGUUUAGGGAGGAUUCAUUUAAUGGAUACGAGGUAAUAAGAAUAGUUGGGAAGAACCCCUUUUUGUGGCAUGAUCAUUGGCCAGUUAAGGACUAUGCCAGGGUCUUUGAAUGCUUGGUUUUGGUUGAUGAGAUAGCUAAAGAGGCCGAUAAAGUUGUGUCUAAGAUUAGAGAAGUAGGAAAAGAGUUGAGGAGCAAAUCUCAGUCUGCUCAGAGUGGUGUCGAUCCUGAUAGUUCUUUGUUGCAGCCAGUGCCUUAUGUGGCGGUUCACAUGAGAAUAGAGAUAGAUUGGAUGAUUCACUGUAAGAAGUUAGAGCAAAGAUUAAAUGUUAGUGAAAUUUGCAGUAGCAAGCAGGAGAUCAUGGAGAGAGUAGGGAACAUUGUUGGCUUAAAAAGUCCUAUUGUUGUUUAUCUUGCUGUGGCAGAUAGUCUUCUUGAAGAUUCUUCUAUACUCACCGGGUGGAAGGAAGGUUUGCUUCCUGUUGAGAAGAAGAAGCUCAGUGUUGAUGGAGUUUACAAGAAAUACCCAUAUCUCAUUCAGUCAGCAAUAGAUUAUGAAGUUUGCUCAAAGGCUGAUGUAUUUGUCGGGAAUAGUUUCUCAACAUUUUCAAGCCUCAUAGCUCUUGAGAGAACACAGAAGAUGAUUAGAAUGGGUGUCACAAGCUCGUGUGGCGUGGAUGUAAGAUGGCCUUCAUAUGCAUACAAUAUAUUGGGGGAAUCCAAUGGUCCUCAUAAAUGGAUGACAAAUAUGUCUGAUUCAAGCCUCAAAGCAAUUAGCUAUGGUUCGAAUAUCAUCUCCUGUUGAAGAUUAUGGAAUGCAUCCUGCUACAGACACUUCAAUUCAGAACCCUUAAUCGAGUUCGCGAGGAAAUUGGUUGCUAUAGUUUUGAAAGUUUUUUCUGUACAGAGAAACAAGGGUAUAGAAUGUCAGGAUAGCACUUUAGACCAGAUUAAGUAUACUUUUCAUUUUUUCUGUUAUUUAAAUUUUUUCUAUUAAUUCACUUAUGUUCAUAGAGAUUGAAUAUUUUCUCA